CUUAUUUCCUUUUUCACUCAUGCUUUUAUUUACAUUAAACAUCUUCUUCACCCUCACCUCACCUGCAUCACUAACUGAUUUCUCCACUGAUCAAGAUGCUCUUCUUGCUUUCAAACAAGCCAUCACUGUAGACACAAAUGGUGUGUUGAGCAACAACUGGCUCCCCAACAAUUCCAUAUGUCACUGGACCGGCGUCUCCUGUGGCAUCAAACACCACAGGGUCACAGCUCUCAAUCUCUCCAACUUCUCCCUCCACGUGGGAAUAAACUGGAUGGAAGAAUACCAACAAACUUGGACAAUUUACUCAACCUCAAAAAGUUAUAUCUUAGCGGGAACAACUUAACAGGCGAGAUACCGAAGGCGAUUGGACAUCUUACAUCCUUGACUCAUCUCUACCUUAGUAGGAAUAGCUUGACAGAUGUCAUACCGAAGGAGAUUGGCCAUCUUACAUGGUUAAUUGAUAUGUCCCUUGGUUCUAAUAGGUUGACAGGAAAUAUUCCGUCAUCUAUCAUCAACAUUUCUUCGUUGGAACUCAUAUACCUCGAUCAAAAUAACAUAUCUGGAAGCAUACCCUCAAAUUUAGACAAUUUACUCAACCUCCAAGCAUUGCAUCUAAGCGCCAACAACUUAUCAGGAAAUAUUCCGUCUUCUCUCUUCAACGUUUCCUCGUUGGAAGUCAUAGACCUCUCUUUCAAUCAUCUAUAUGGAAGUGUACACACAAAUUUGGACAGUUUACUUAACCUCCAAGAACUGGAUCUUACCUUGAAUAACUUGACAGGUGCCAUACCGAAGGAGAUCGGGCAUCUUACAUCGUUAACUCAGCUGUCCCUAGAGUUUAAUAGAUUGACAGGUAGCAUACCCACAAAUUUGGGCAAUUUACUCAACCUCCGAACGUUGUGUAUUAGCGGCAACAGUUUAACAGGUUCCAUACCGAAGCAAGUUGGCAACCUCACUUCGCUAAUGAUUCUAUAUUUGGGUGGCAAUAAGUUUACAGGUUCCAUACCCAACCAAGUUGGUAACCUCACUUCGCUAAGAAGACUGAAUUUGGCAACCAAUAACUUGAAAGGCGAAAUUCCAACCUCUAUCACCAAUGCUUCUCAGCUUACUGAUAUAGACUUGAGCAGCAAUUCAUUCACUGGUCCCAUCCCCGACUUCGGUAACUUAAGACAUCCGCAAUUCCUUGGUCUGAGGGAAAAUAAUUUGACUGGAGUUGAAUCGCCGAAUCAAGAAUUGGAAUUUCUCUCCAGUUUAACAAACUGCCAAAAGUUGAAGAAGUUGGAUAUUAGUAACAAUCCGGUGAUGAAUGAUUUUCAGCAUCUAACUGCAGCAUUAGAGGUAUAA